AUGCCCACUCCAAAUGAAGGCUCGCGAUUAGGUCCAGGAGAUUUACGGCAACUCUCGUCUUCUCUUAACUCCCAUAGCUAUAGAGAACCCACUAGGUCUUUCGUGCCUGGCUCUCUUAGGGAUCAUUUGUCUCCCGUGGACAGUGCUAGCUUUGCACGCAGUGUUCGUGAAGACACCGCCGAACUCGCUUCAUACGUGCUUUCAGACAAGAAGGAUAGGCGCAGCACGUCAUUUCUCAAUCGAAUAUCGUCUACCUCGUCCCACCCUAGCCGCGACCAGCCAGUCUUUCAGAAUGAGUCGCCGUCCACAGGGGACUUGCAAGCAUCAAGUACCGACACUAUAGACGAAGUUUCCGAGCCCUCCUCGCUGGCAUCUGAAGCGGACGGAUUACCCAACUCUGGGCCCUCGGCACUCACAACUAUGUUCAAACGUUCUCCACCUGAGUCUCUACACGGUCUGGACGCUGGUAGUAAUUCAAUGUCACAAAAUGGCCAGCAAUUACCAUCAAUUGGCGUAUCCCAAUCAGAACCCGAUAAUGAGUUAUCAGAGACCACCCCCCUCCUCAGGAGGGUAUCUCACAGACCAGAGUCUCCGGAUAGUAUUGCAGAUAUUGAUAUCGAGAUUCAAAAACCGAUGACACCGCCUUGGGGACCGUCGUCGACCGGUCGCGGUAUUCGAGAUAGAGUUCGUACUGUUAAGGGCAUAAUGAACCCAAAGACUUGGGAUAAGAAAGUUAUUUGGCAGAAGGCUGUAAUAGACCCGAUACAUUGUUUACCAGCUGUGGUCGUCGGUCUUCUACUUAACAUCCUUGAUGCAUUAUCUUACGGAAUGAUCUUGUUCCCCUUGGGCAAUCCGAUAUUCUCGAACCUCGGGCCGGCUGGAAUAUCAAUAUUCUAUGUUAGCACGAUUAUCUCACAACUGACUUUCUCGGCCGGUAGUCUGUUCCGGGGUGGCGUUGGAUCGGAGUUGAUCGAGGUUGUUCCCUUCUUUCAUAACAUGGCGACUACUAUUACGGCGAUAGUAGGAGAGGACCAACCAGACGCGGUUAUCGCUACAACGAUAACCUCUUUUGCUAUUAGCUCUAUGCUGACUGGUCUCGUUUUCUACUUAAUGGGAAGAUUUAAACUGGGCUAUAUCGUCGGCUUCAUCCCUCGCCAUAUUUUAAUCGGAUGCAUCGGUGGUGUGGGCUGGUUCCUCAUCGCGACGGGCUUUGAAGUUUCAGCGCGACUAGAGGAAUUCCGCUAUGAUCUCGAUACCGGUCGAAAACUAAUUCAGCUAGACACCUUACCUCUCUGGCUUAUCCCUCUUGCUCUAGCUAUCCUUCUCUUCGGCCUCCAGAGGAAAAUCACUUCCAAAUAUUUCUUGCCAAUCUAUAUUCUAUCCGUACCGGUCUUCUUUUACUUCUUCGUAUUUACGAUAGACAGUAUAAAUCCCGAGAGCCUCAGGCAAGCCGGGUGGAUCUUUGAGGCCCCUGAGGCCGGGCAGCCUUGGUGGUACUUUUGGACUCUUUAUAAAUUUCACCUUGUCCAUUGGGGAGCGAUCUUGGAAACUGUCGGCGCUAUGUUCGCAUUGACCUUCUUCAGCGUACUUCAUGUUCCCAUUAAUGUCCCUGCUUUAGCGCAAAUUUCUGGGGAAGAUCACCUCGAUUUAGAUCACGAACUCAAACUACAUGGCUACUCAAACUUCCUGUCUGGGCUCGCAGGAAGUAUCCAGAACUACCUAGUCUUUGCUAAUACGCUAUUCUUCAUGAGAUCAGGUGGUGAUAGUCGUCUAGCGGGUAUCAUGUUAGCAGGCCUUACAUUUGGUGUCAUGACGAUCGGACCAGUGAUCAUAGGCUACAUUCCUGUCAUGGUUGUCGGCACCUUGAUCUUCGUUCUCGGGUUUGAGUUAUUGGUAGACGCUUUAAUAUCUCCAAGGCGUAAACUCAAGCUGUUAGAAUACUUGACGAUCGUAGUAAUAGUUCUCACCAUGGGAAUCUACGAUUUUGUCGUGGGUAUUUUCGUUGGCAUUAUACUCGCCUUUGUUUCUGCUAUUUUCCACGCAUCUCAAGUUUCAGCCAUACGAGCGACUUAUACCGGAGACCAAAUUGGGUCCAUGGUCAGACGGAACCCAUCACAACAUCGCUACCUCCGAGAAGUUGGUAGCCAGACAUACGUAAUCAAACUAUCCGGUUUUCUCUUCUUUGGUACCAUCGUCGGUGUCGAGGCGAAAAUCCGAAAUCUAAUAUCCGAGGACUCUUUCAGGGAGCAUCCUAUUAAAUAUAUAAUCGUCGACCUAUGGCAUGUUACAGGUAUCGAUUAUUCGGCAGCCGAAGGAUUCAAAACUAUCAAUCGGCUCCUAGCUGGGAGAGGAGUGCACCUUCUCGUAAGUGGGAAAGACGCAGAUAGCAGAAUUGGUCGAGAUCUCAGAGCCGUCGGACUCGGGGCCGAUGGACCUAGCGUUAUGUUUAUGCCAGAUUUAAAUUCCGCGCUGGAAAGCUGCGAGAACGAACAGCUGAAAACCUUCUACGCUCGCCAAGAAGCUCUAAGAAUCUCCCGACCGGCACCGUCAAGCAACCUUGAUGUGCCUAAUAAGGGCCAACUUGGCCAAUCAUUAGAGAUUCUAUCUCAGUCGCCGAGGAGAAGCCAUCUCGACCAAGCGGCUAAGAAUGUGUUGAACCAACAAGAGAUGAGGCGGUCAACGAGAUGGCAAAACAUCAGCGAACCUCUCCGGCUUAUGCUCCAAGUCUUUUACGACGUAAGUGAUAAGAAUGAGGAUUUCUGGUUCCGAGCAAGGCCGUUUUUCGUCCGUAAAGAAUUCGCCGCCGGUUCCGUGUUAUACCAGUGCGGCGAGUCAGCCAAUGGCUUUUACCUCUUGGAGAGGGGCGAGUUGCGGGCGGAUUAUGACACGCCGCAAGGCCGUCUAUACGAGCCUAUAGUCCAAGGCACUACUUGCGGCGAGCUGCCCUUCUUCUCCGAGACGAACAGGACGGCGACGGUGGUUGCUGUUAAAGACUGCGUCGUCUGGGUUAUGGAUACGGAAAAUUGGGAGAAACUGCAAAAUGAUGAGAAGGACGUGGCACAGGAAUUACUACGGGUUUCGUUGAAGCUUACGAGCGAGCGGAUGGAGGCUAUGACGAAGUAUAUCUCGGCGGUUGGGAACUGA